UGAGACUCGCAAGAUGAAUAUUUUAACUGUAGUUUUUGUUCUGGCCUUCUCUAGAAUGGCCUUCUCCGCUUGGGAAGACGAUGUUGAAAUAGUUCAAAUUGCGGUAAUCGGGUCUAUCUGCGACGUCGUGACUGGAAACCCGGAGAAUGUUGAGGCAACAUUGAAAUGUGUCUUAGAUGAAUUGAUAGUUGCUUACCAUGAAGUGGAAAAGACUAUAGGUCUUCUGAAAGAUUGUCGACAGUCUGUUUAUCCAUACACAUCCGAACUCGACUUUUACCAAGAAGUCUGUAAGACAGAAAAUGAAGCUGUGCAACUAAAGCUUAGCCAGUGUUACUUGAAUAUACCUUAUCUCAGUCACGCCGAAGAACUUAUUGGAACUGGUAUGAGAAUAGUGAAUACAUGUUGAUGAGUAUACACUGAUAAGGAUUUUCAAGGAUCAGAGGCAACAUCCACAAUUUUGAAAGAUCUGGAGUUGAUUUUUUAAAUUUUGCAUGCUUUCGGUUUGGGAUCAUUCCAAAUGAGUUAAAUCUCCUUUUUUUUUUCGUUUUGGUUUUAGGAAUUAGAAGAAUUAUAUCGAACUUAACCAGUUGUAGAAGGACUGAAGCUGGUUCCUUAAUUUUCACAUUAACUUUUGGGAUUUUAAUUCUUUGUCGCUCAGAUUGUACUUUCAUUUAAUCAAAUAAACUCUGUUGGUAUUGAUGGA